AUGUCGGACGAGCGUCAAAAGAAUGUGGUAGUAAGUAAACCCAUUCUGUAUGGGUCUGUGGCCACGUAUCUUGGACGCAAAGCCGAGGAGACCAAGACGCAUCGCUGGUCGAUUUACUUGCGUGGUGUGGACAAUGAAGACUUGUCUUAUAUGAUCAGCAAAGUCGUCAUUAGUCUGCAUGUGAGCUUCGCUAAUCCUGUCCGAGUGCUUACGGAGCCGCCGUACGAGGUCACGGAACUUGGAUGGGGCGAGUUUGAGACACGUAUCCAGAUCUAUUUCCAUGAUCCAAACGAACGGCCGAUCAGCAUCAUCCAUUUGCUGGUGCUAUAUCCGCCAAAUAGCCAACCUGCUAGCACUAAAAAGCCCGUGAUAAGCGAGUUUUACGACGAGCUCGUGUUUAAUGAGCCAACGGAGUUCUUUUAUAAGAAAUUGAUGGCUGGACCGGAUCGGAAAUCUCCACCACUGACUAUGCAGGACCAUCUGCCGACCUAUUCGGACGUGGAAGUGCUCAAGACGUUGGCUCGUGCUGAGACGUUUGUGAAAAAGGAGGUUCAGGACACAAAAACCCUUUUGUUGAGUGCUGAAUUGGAGGUCAUGGAGCUCAAGGAACGCAUCGCCGAACACACGAAGAAGAAGAAACAGGCCGACAAGUUGGCUGCUGCAGCAGCAAACCCGAUCAUCAUACCUUGA